AUGGCCGAACCCCCCGAGACCCCAGCUCCCGUGUUUGCAAUCCGCGCCUUUAAGAGCGCGCUGUUUGGAACACCCGGUGGCGAUGAGGCGGAUGAGAGUCGCGCGUCACAGCCCAAACAAGCCAACCACCAACACAGCAAAAGCGACUCGGUCCAACCACUUGCAGAGAAAACAGAGGAUAUGAGACCUGCGGACGACGAUGCCGCAAACAAUGCCCCGGGAUCUCCCACGAAAAGUAUUUUGGUCACUCCUGGCACAAUAUCGAACCGGCGCAAAACAGUCUCCUUUGGCGAAAGCGUCGUCGACAACGAAGGAAAACGCGAUAGCCUAUCGAGCAAAGUGGUAAAAACUCCACCGAAUCCGGCAGGAAAUAUCACUGCGCAAUGGAUGUCUGGGUCGUCGGACGGCAAAAAGCCGCGAAGCAAGCUGACCCAAACCCUGCUGGAUGCACGCGACAACGCGUCGAAGAAUGCCGAGUCGGACUCGGAGGAAGAGAGCUCGUCAGAUGCAAAACCAGCUACACGGUCCCCGUCCCGAUCGAAGGAAGAGCCGGCAAAUGAAGACAUCACACUCAACCUGGAGGAUCCGCGCUCGGAGUCGGGCAAGUACUGGAAGACUGAAUUCGAUAACUACCGAGUCAGGACCAACCAAGAAAUCAAGAAGCUGAUCCAAUACCGGUCAAUCGCCAAGUCUUAUGCCCGCAAGAAAGAUACCGAAGCGCUACGACUGGCAGACAAGUUGAGAGAGGAAGAGGAGAAGGUGACUGAGAUGGAGCGGCAGGUCUCGCGCCUUGCCUCUACUAUGGUGGGAGAAGAGUCGAAAGCAAACAAGGAGGAAUUGGUCCAGGAUCUCUCCAAGCAGACUGCCCUUGCUUUGCAAUACAAGCAACAGGUCACUUCUCUGCGCAAAGUCCUGGAGCGUCAUGAUGUCCUGGGCGGCGAAGUGGCAGAUAUUACCGCCCAACCGAAAGGGAAAUCACAUUCAGAAAAUUCCUCGGACGAGCUACUCAAAGCACAGCAAGAGCUCAGGCAGGCAAACGCCAAGAUUGAAGAGAUGAAGCGCCAACAGUCGGACCUCAGCACGCUUCAGGACCUGGCGCAGAGCUCAGAGAAAAAGGCACAGGCGCUGGAGAACGAGAAUAAUACUCUCAAGCAGACACUGGCACGAGUCAAACAAGAGAUGUCGAGAUACGAGGGUCGGCGCAAGGACAAGGAAACGAAACUGAAGCAAAGAGAAGUAAAGCUGGAGGCUCGGAUUCAGGAGUAUAGAGAACGGCUCAAGACGGCUUCCAAGGAGCAUCGCGAAUCGGAAGAGAUGUUGAGAAACAACUUCGAGGAGGAGCACCGCCGCCUGCAAAAUCAACUCAAUCUUAUGAGGCUGGGCGGCAACGCAGCCGAGCGCUUCCCUCUCCGAUCUCAUAAUCGACGGUCUCUGAGUCCGCGCAAAGAGUACGCAGAUGUGGAGACAUGCGACUUUGCUGAACAAGAUGCACACGAACUGGGCGAAGACGCCACCGAGGAUUUGGACGGCCCUCCAAGCCCUAGCCCACGCUCCAAGGCACGAGAGACGCGGCACAGCCAGAACACCACAACAAGCGUGAUGGAUGGAAGACAUGGCACGCGAGACAUUGCCGCCGACGAAGACGAAGUCACGCACUACCUGAACGAAAUUCUUCCAAAGCCACAGCACGCAUCUCAUCCUAUCGCAUUGCACCCACUCCCGCCCUCAUCGCCUCCAGAUGUUUUGGCACUCAAGACCUUGGGAUACCUCAACACCAGAAAUCAGCCCAGCGGACAGGGACAGCGGUCGCACCGGACUCUCGGUUUGCGCGAGGCCGACACCUCUGGCCGGGUCCAUCGACCUCGGCCCCAUAUCAAAUCGACUUUGGACUCGAUAUCCGGCCUGCCUGUCGCGUACACGGAAAAUUAUUCUGGCAACACAAUCGCAGCGGGCGAUCGAACUGGUCAACGGCAGGGCCUAUCUGGUGUACAAAGCACCCUCCUUUCCCCAGAGAGAGUUGCCGCCGCCAAGUAUCGGCUCAAGCAGAAGCAGAACAAGCGCAAAAGCAGGGCACUGGACAGGGCAAGUGGGAUGGCUGUAGCUACGUCGACGGUGGAUACGGGCUGA